CUUCCUCCUUCAGGUCCAGCAUGACGUCCCGUGCAGCCCCAGAAGCUGUGAAGGUGAAGAGGAGGAGUGGGAGUGUGGGGCAGAAGCAGACAGCAGACAUUGAGGAAUUGACAUCUUCUGGGAACAAAGCGCUGCAGGAGGGACGCCCACAGGAGGCGCUGAGGUACUUCAGAGAUGCCCUGAAGGCUGCAGAGCAGCUCCAGGACUCGCGGGUCCUGCGGGCCUGUUCCUUUAACCUCGGGGCUGCCUAUGUGGAGGUAGGACGACCUCGGAAAGGUCUGGACUUCCUGCGGCAUGCUCAGCCUGGUCCCAAGGCCGACCGCCUCCCUGACCUCCAGUUCAACCUUGCCCUGGCCCAUGAUGCACUGGGGCAGAGCCGGGAGGCCGCCACCUACUUCCUGCAAGCUGCCCAGCUGUAUAGGUCACAAGGAGACGGCUGCAGCGAGGGGGAUGCCUGCGUGGAGAUGAGCCGCUGUUACAGCAGGACACGGGACUGGGCGCUGGCGGCUCAGGGUUACUUGCGAGCUGCAGAGAGUUACAGAGUGGCCAACAUGUUGGACUAUGCAGCCACCGCCCUGUCAGAAGCAGGAAGUCACAUGACCCAAUCAGAUCAGUGCAACCAGGAGGACAUCAUCGGUGUGCUGUCAGAGUGUCUGAGUUUGAUGGGGAGCAUUACGGACCCGAGGACUCUGGGUGAGCUGUACCUGUCGGUGGGCGUGUCUUACUGCCGGCUCAGGUCUUUCCAGGAGGCAGUGCAGUGUUUCCAGAAGGCUCUGAGCCCCGCGGCUAAGUGGCCCCCCCUGCUGCCCAAGGUCUAUCACAACCUGGGAGCGGCGCUGAACUCCAUGGGCCAGUUCAGGUCCGCCGUGGACUACCACAGGCUGGCCGCUGGACUGUACGGCUCUCAGGGUUGCCGUGGCGACCAGGCUCGCUGUUUCAGUAACCUUGCGUUUGCCUUCAGUCGGAUCGGUGAGGAAGAGGAAGCAGCAGAGAGCUUAAUCCUCGCCCUACAGGGAUUCAGAGACACAGGGGACUACCUGGCACAGGCUCAGGUGUGCGAGGUGCUGGCUGAGUGUUACCUGGUGCAGAGGAAGCAACACAAAGCGGUUCAGCUCUACAAACAGGCUCUGAGUGCGCUCUCUCACUGCCAGGACAGCGGCGGCAUCCAGGACCAACUGGUGGAGCGACUGACUGCCACGCUGCAGCAGAGUCUGACCAUCGGUCCUCAG